AUUUUUAGUGUGUGUGGAUUACAUUUUCUCCCUUAAAAUUACGUAAAGAAAUCCAUGAAGUAGGUCUGGUUUAUCUAAACUACUGUCACUUGUCUAAAAUGACGUUUUAAAAGAAAUAUAAACAAUGUAAUUUUCCUAAAAUAAUCAAUUAUUAUUUUGUCAUAAUAAAGUGUUUUAUGUAGCAUGUAAAUAAUAAUUUUAAUAAAUACGAACGCGCAUUAUUCAUCGACAUGGGUUUUUUAAUACUCCUCACGAUUUUUGUCGCAUUGUUUUUCAGUAUUUCCACAAUAGUCCCUCUAAUUUUAUCAUGGUUCUUCGAGCGCAAAUACAAAAUACCCAUAGUCAUUGGACGAAUCAGCCUGCCCUAUUUAAAAUUGUGCGAUAUACAAAUUAUAAGAAGCAACUACUUGAUACAAAUCAAAGAAGUGGGGAUUAAAAGUAGUUUUUUAAACUCGGAACUGACAAAACUGAUCACUUUGGUGGUGAAAGAUGUUACAAUCGAAAAUGCCCCAUUACACAACAAGAAAUCCCAGUCUAAGUUUAUGUUUGCACAGACUGGUCCAUGGGACUUUCGAGAAAAGAAAGUGCCCAAUUUUAUUAAUAGUUUUGCACAAUUUAUGGCCAUCCAUGUAUACAACAUCUCUGCGCCCGCUAUCCAGCUGGAUAACAAUUGCCUCCUACAAAUCUUACCAAAAGAACUGCACAUUGAUGGAAGCAUAUUUAAAAACACAAAAUCCCUCCUUGUCACUUUAAAUAUCAGUGAUGCUUAUGUUCUUGUGAUAAAAAAGAGUGAAAAGGGCUCAUACAAACUUGCAGAGUUCUCAUUUGGCAUUUCUAUGGAGACUGUGUUGGUUGCCCAAGGGCCCCUUAGUGUAGAGAAGUUAGAUAUAAAAAUGUCUGAAAGUAAGGCAGUAAUAGGGAGUGGACUGUACACCUGGCUUAAAACCCCUAAAGGUUCAGUAAUUCAUCAUGAAUGUACAAAAGUAAUAAAUGACAUUAAGGAGGACACACCUACAUGGGUAUACAAAGAGGGUGAAACUGUUAUUUUUGAGAGCAAAGAGUUUAGUGAGCUGCAUGCGACUCCUGAGUGUAAGAAUACACCAAAUACUAAAGAGAUAUUGGACAGAAUCAAGCCAAUUGUACCAAAGAAUUUUUGCUUGCACAUUGAUCACACUCAGCUAGAAGGUUAUGAUGAUAAAGGGAAAACUGAAUACACUUCAAGGCUCAAAGGUCUGUCACUGAACUAUUCCACAGUACAGCAAAAUGAUAAAAAUGGAGCUUUGCUCAACUUUUGUUUGAACAAUUUUAAUGUGGAAAUGGCCACCGAGAAGAUUGUUGAACUGAUAAGUUUUUGUGCAGAUGCUAAGCUAAAAAACAACACUUUAAACAUCUUUAUGCAACAAAACAACUUGUUGGUGACCUACAACCAUCAGCUAAUCAGCAGUUGGAUAAACAAAAACUUCAAUCACAGCUCCUUUUCCCCUGGUUCAACAGUUUUCUCACCUAAACUGGAAAAACCUAACUCCAUCCUAGAACAGCUAACUGGGCACAUGUCUCUUAACUUUGAUUUAGAGAUUUUCAAUGUGAUUUUGGUGAUUAAGCUGGAUAAUCAGUGUUCCUCAGUGGGGUUUAAUAAGGCUCGCCUGACCCUGGACCAGGCACAAGAAACUAGAGGUAAAUUGACCAAAUAUAAUUCUUAUUUGGCCAAUUUGGUUCUGGGCAAGAGACAUUGGGAAUCCGAGUUGCUUGUGGAGUCUUUAUGGUGGUCAUUUAAGGAGUGGAACCAUGGCACAAACAUAUCAAAGGUUUUGCAUGUCUGGGAAACCCCUGUGUACUUAGGCAUGGGUUUAGUGAAAUGUUGCACUGCAGAUAAUAAUGUUCUAAAAAUAUAUUCGCUUUUGGAUACAGUGCAGCUUGAAUGGUCUUUACAGCUAUCAGAGUUUUUGUUGUUGGCCUUAAAGGCUUUUGAGAACUAUCAUUACUCUAGGAAUGAGAAUAAAUCAUUGGAUUGUAGUAAAAACAUCUCGAGUUUCCUUACCACCAGUUUAGUGAUCACACAUUGUAACUUUUUUUUGCAAACACAGAAUGAAGAAUAUUUUGUAACGAGAUUGGACACUAUAAGCAUAGACACCAUCCAUGAUAAUUAUACGUUGAAACUGGAAGAUUUAAAGUUGUUCACCCUAAAUAAUACUGGAGAUAACUACACUUGUAUGCGCACCGAGGAUAUUUUAAACUAUAAAAUAUUUAUGAAAAUUGUGCAUUUGAAUUACAGUAAAAAACCCGAGCAGCAUGAAUUUAACAUUUCCUUUUUGGAAGACAUUGUCGCUUACUGGUCCGCAAAUUUUCACUUAAAAACGCUUCUUUUGAUCAAAGAUAUUGAAAAUUUUGGCAAAAAAUUUAUUAAGCUUCGGCCGAGAAUUAAAAAACCCGAGGUCGAGAAGCUGGAUAUGCCUGUAAAAGUGCUUAAUUGUAUUUGCUACGGGAAGUUACAGUUUCACAUUGAUAUUAAUAAGGAACACGAUAUGACUUUGGUUUUAGAAAAAGCGAUAAUUUCGAAAAACUUCCACCCGAACCGAAGCAAACAGGACACAAAGAACGCGAUCAGUAGCGUGGUGGUAGCGAUUGACGGCAAAGACAUUUUCGAGAUCAAAGGGAUCGACUUGAAGCGAAUAUUCGAAGAGGAUCCCGCGGCCGAAAAGCUGAAGGCCGAAAGGCAAGAUGCCUCCUUAAAGUCCAUAUUUAAUGAUUUCACUUGUUGGUUAGAAAUUGAGUCGUUUAAGGUGGUUUUCCCUUAUGAGCACAACUAUGCCGAAGCCAUCCAGAACCAGCUGAUCUCAAUGUUCAAGUGGCUAAAGAUCAUCCAUAAAAACGAUGAGGGCCCUAAAGCGAAAUCCUUUCCAGCUGAUUGGUUGAUUAAUAUAAAAGAGUUUUUACUGGAAAUGAGCGACGACCCGUUUGAAGUUAAGUUAAGGGACAACUUUGAGCUGCUCGAGGACGAGUUCAGCGAGAGUUUGAAGCGUCAGAAAAUGCUUAAAGAAAAGAUAGCGGAGCUUCUCAAGACGCAUCUGCACAUGCCUGCGGGCAAAGUGGAAGAGCUGUACGCCACCCUUAAAAAGAAAAAUGCGGACAUCUACAUUCAAAGAUCGAAACUAAUGUAUCAGGCGGCGCCCCCUCGUACCAGACUAUUCGCUUGGUCAAUGGUGAACGUGGAAUCGAUGGUAAUGGCGGAAAUAUUCGCGGUAGAUGAUAAAAUGAAGCAGCUGGACAACGACAGUCCGUGGCCCGAGGAGAAGGUCGAAUAUUCAAUUUUGUGGGGCCGCUACUUGAAUUUGACCUGCGCGGAGUGGAAGUUUCUGUUACGCGAUUUUCCGCAACCAUGGAUGGAAAUCCGAAAGUUAUAUUUGUGCGGUUUGAUGAUCGGGGCGGAGGAAGCGAGUCGCUGGAGAGCCAUCAGGACGGUCCUGGUCGACCUCGGGGAGCCCUUCGAGCCCUUCGAAGUCGAACGGGGGAUGCAACCCUUGAAAUUCUACUACGACCUCAAUUGUGAAAUCGAGUCCUUCAGUUACGCUUUCGGCCCCUGCUGGGAACCGGUUAUAGCCCAAUGCAAUCUCAGUUUCAAUCAGAUAAGUGCCCCGUCAAAAGACCCAUCACCACCGCUACCCUUUUGGGACAAAAUAAGACUGUUAAUGCACGGCAGGCUGACUAUGGUGGUGCAACAGAUGCAAGUGUUGCUGCACGCCUCUCUAGACCCGUACAAUACCACCGAGGAAAUGGCUCUGGUGUGGGAUAAGGUGGUUAUGGACUGGACCAACGGCAAAAUCGUCUUCAAAGGGGACUUGAACAUUUUCGUGCGCACCGCCUCCAAAUACGACGACGUGCAACUGUUGAAGUUACCCAACUUAAAGCUGAUCCUGGGUUUCCAGUGGGUGUGCCUGAGCGACCCAAAUGACCAUCACAACGUGAUUUAUUGCGCACCCAAUAAAAUCCCCGAGUAUUCCAGUAAUCAGGUACACGACUCGUUUCGGGCCUUCAGAUCUCAAAACCUCAACUUGAGUAUUGUAUUAGAAACAAAACCGUCCCCUAGUCCCAGCUCCAACAGUUGCCCGACCCUACUUUUAUACGGAAGCACUUUAAGGUGGAUCGAGAGUCUAAAACUAAUUUUGUCCGGCGUCACCAGACCGACGAAACGCGGUAAAAUCUUCGAUAACGUGCGAUCGAAAAAACUACAAUUGAGCCGACACUAUAAGAAGAUCAACCUGCUGGUGGGUCUGCACAAGUUCCAGGUUUGCUACUGGAUGUCGUUCGCUAUGCAACGCGGUUGCGAAAUGUUCGGGGGCAGACUGUGCUCCAGUUCCGAACAUUCGUUAAACCUGGUGUCGAUCGAAGAUGGUCUAAAACACCGGGCGAAAGCCGAAUGGUCGGUGGCUUACAUGUGCUCGGAACUAACCAACGCGGAAAUGUGGCUCAAGAGUGCGUUACAGGACGAAUCCGAAAUCGAAACCACACGCCCGCCCGUCGAGAAAACUUACUGUUUAUCGGUGGCCAAAGUGUCCUAUGGUAGAGAGAACGUGUUCGACAGGAACAAGGACACGCCCAUCCAUAGGUUGGUGGUUUACGAUCUGCGUGGAGCCUGGACGAAGAGUAACAGGAACGUCGCCUUCGCUUUGUUCGAUACUUUUAUGAAAACCACGAGGACAAAGAAGAACUUGUCCACGGAAGCUUUAAAAGGAUUCAGGAAGGAUACGAAUACCACCCCGAUGAAACGGAGGAACGCUGAUAACUCCGCCACGCCUCCAAAUAAUACAGUUCAGAAUAUCCAGUCAAGCUCGUCGGUGGCAGACACCCUCUCACCCAUAAGCAAAAUCCAAUCGGGCCACGCGGCCAAUAUGCUACAACAAUUAAUCGCCGAGGUGGACAACAAUUCCAUCGUCUAUAGUGACGACUUAUCGGCCGUCUCUAGGCAGCAACAUCUGCAAGGGGUGCAGGCCUGUCAAGAGGACGACGUACUUCACAAAAACUGGCAAAUAUCCCUAGUGAACGCCCAAGUGCUAUUAAAAGGCUGUGAAACCAACGGUUACGUUAUCCUAAGCGCUGCAAAAGCAGAAAUCCUGCAAAGAGCGCACCGACCCGUGUGGAAGGAUCGCACUUUAGUCUCUAAGACCACUUGGACGGGACUUCUGGAGUGUAUGCAGUAUUAUGCCACAGUAAACGCUGGGGAAAAUGACGAGAACGAAAACAUCAUGUGGUUGACCGUGGACAACAUCCAAGAAAAAGAAUCGGCGGAAAUCUCCGAACCCUCCGAAGUGCCGAACAUGGUGGGAAGCGGGGUGUCUGUAGGGGCGGUGGUCAGCGACACCGUAGGACCCAGUUCGUCCAGACAACUGCAAAGGAUCGUCUCCAGAUGCAAAUGCGAGUUCUUUUAUGCCGGCUACGGGAACAUCAGCGUCGAUCCGGAGGGCGUGGGCGAAAUCCCGCCUCCGCCCCAAGAAGACGUCAGCCCGUGGGACAGCAGACAGUCGGGGGUUGACGCAUUCACUCUUAUGCAUUACGAUUUGGAGGUGUGCACCAAUUCGUUACAGUACGCCAUGUUGCUGGACAUCAUCAACAACCUCCUACUCUACGUGGAACCACACCGAAAAGAGGCAUUAGAAAAAUUAGCCAGAAUGCGAUUCCAGCUGCAGCUUCACACGUUCGACGAUCAACGCAAACCGAUUCAAGAGCAACAAACGGUCGUGAGAAACAGCAUGAAUAAGCUGCGGAGACUGGAGAAGGACACCUAUAUGAUUAAUAAGGCAUUGGAAGAGGAUCCGGACGAUAAAGAGUUAAGGAUGGAACUAGAGAGACUGGAAAGGCUGAUGUACGACUGUAAAAUGAACUUGAACGCCCAAAGUGAGGAGCUGGACAUGAUGAUUUCGUGCUACAAAGAGACUCAGCUACUGGCCAGCGCGAGAAUGGCCACCACGCGUAGCGACAAACCGUUGACGGCGGUCAGGGCUAAUGAGAUUUGCUUUAAGCACGCGCAGUGGCGACUGACUGAAGCCGACGGACAAAUUGGGAUCGCCGAUCUGGUUCUGAGCAAUUUUUUGUACACAAAAAAUUCGAAAUCAGACGAUUCCGUGGAGCAUUUACUCGAGUUGGGCUACCUAAGAAUGACCAAUUUACUCCCUAACGAGAUUUAUAAAGAGAUUUUGUGCCCAACAGAGAUCCAGUAUGACAUGCCUAUUGAACAUAAGAAAGUGUUGCGGAUAUUUUGCAGGGAAAAGCCGCCGGUUGGGGGAAUAUCCCUUAAGGAACAUUUCGAAAUAAACUUGGUCCCUUUAACCAUCGGUUUGACCAAGAAGUUUUACAACACCAUGAUGAAAUUCUGUUUUCCCGAGCGCGAUACGGAAACGGCCGAGUAUAACGAUCGGGCCAGCGAAGAUGGGGAUUCCGAUAGCAAGAAAAAAGGAAAAUCUAAAAAGAGUAGAGACUCGAAUUUCUACGUGCAUAUCGACGACGUGGAUAAAAUGAAAGAAAGGGCCGAAAAGAACAAACUGUUUGUUUUUAUUAAAAUCCCCGAAGUUCCCGUGAAAGUGAGCUAUAAGGGAACGAAAGAGAAAAACCUGGAGGACCUUAGGGACGUGUCUAUCGUGAUUCCCACACUGGAAUACCACAAUAUGACUUGGACCUGGCUGGAUUUGCUUAUUGCCAUUAGGAAUGAUACCAAGAAGGUCAUUUUGUCACAGGCUAUAAAGCAAAAAUUACAAAUUAAGCGUAACACUGGCAACUCCGAAGAUAGUUCUACUCCGCAGGAGGAGGAUAAAGCUAAAAUGUUACUGGGAUCCAGACAUCAUAAAUUAAGGAAUUUUGCGGAGAAGGUAAAACUAACAACUAACACACUAACACGUUCUCAAAGUACUGAUCAAAUUCAAGCACCAGAAAACAGAAGUAUUAGAAAAGGGGUGUCUGAUGUAUUUAAACUGGGCAAAUAGUGAGAGCAGUUCGUAAUUUAUUGUUUUUUAUUCGUUUCUUAGGUUAAUUAUUGAAUAAAUUUACCAUAUUUUAUUAUUAAAUAAAAUCUAUUCCUGUUGUUU